CGGCGGGAGUCGUCGUCGUCGUCGUUGUAAAUAUCAGCAGCAGCGACCGCACGCACAGCCGCAACACAACAAGAAAAAACAACGCUCUCUCGGCAAAUUUUUUGGCUGCCUGUAACAACACGACCUCGCGGGGAGAGGAGCUGGUUAAUAAUUAUAUACAUCGCGGCUAAUUUAUUUUCGUGCGCUGGGAUUUCUCGGCCUCUCCCUCGUCCGGGCGAGAUCGUUCGCGGCUCGAUUCCAAUCGGUAUAAUACUAGUGUCAUAGUAUAAGCGGUGCACGCAGUGUCGAGUGCGCGACGACGACGACGAUGUUGUGUUGUCGUUGAUGUUGUUGUGUAUCGUGUACGUGCGUGCAGGUGAUGUAAGCUGUGAAUGGUUAAAAAAUAUAUAUAUCUCGACAGGUGCAAAACUACAACGUAUAUACAGAAGCUGGUUGUAUACACGUACAUACGGACCAGAUAUUGGCUGCGCCUCAUCGACGACGAACGAUCCUGCGCUAUGCAUCGGUUCUUCGAGUGAGAAUUAAACUUCGCCGCGCAUAGAUCGUCUAGAUAAUGCAACGCAUAGAGGAAAAAAAUCGGAUAUAGAGUGAAAAAGAAGAAGAAGAAGAAGAAGCAACUGUGUCAACGCUGCGACGACGAUAUGUGUUUUAUGACGACAGCGACGAUGACGACGACGACGACGAUGAGCAUGUGUCGUUGUUGCAGUUACAGUUUAGUCUAAUUAAAAAAGAUAAAUAACGUCCAUUCAUCGCAUCGUCGCGUCAUUGUUAUCAUUAUCAUCGUCAUGCACCAGUCGGACGCGCUCGGACUCUUGCGAGACGUGGCGACGUUUCUGUCGAGUCUCGGCGACGAGCUCGAGCUCGGCGAGGCCCUGGAGAGCCGCCGAGCGGAACUGCUGGCCAAGUCUCGCGAGCUACUGAGUCGCGAACCCGCCGCCACCUCGGGCGAUUCCCCGGAGCCCUACCUCGACAUGAGCAUCGGCAAGAGCAGCUGCGCGUCGUCCUCGAUCGUCCUCGGCGGCGGCGGCGGCGGCGGGGAUGACGGCGAACCUACCUCGACGAUCGGCAGCAACCAGGAGUACGUGAACGCCGACGUCGCGGCGGAAGUACAGCAGAAACGACAGCAGCAGCAGCAGCAGCAGCAGCAGCGUAGCUCCCUUCAGCACUACUACGAGACCUUCCAAGAUCUCAGCGGCAUGUUCAAGAGCAUAAGCAACAACAACAACAACAACAAUAACAACGAGAAAGAAGUCGCGAAGAAGAACAGCAUCGGUUCGGUUCGGCAUUCGGACGAGCUCGACGACGAGGUGUCGCUCUACGCCGGCUACACGGCAGCCCAGGCCAGGGACAAGGCCUCCAAGUGCGGCCCGCUGCUGCACCUGCGCAGGGAGCGCAACAUGUUCGCGCCGUUCAACGUUUUCUGGCUCAACAGGUCCUGCUGGGUAUGCCUCUGCGGCACUCAUCUGCUGCUGUUCGCCAACGAGCGGGGCUCCACGCGCCCCUACCUGGUGGCCCCUCUGCGCGGCUACAAGAGCCGAGCCGCGCCGGACGCGAUACCGCGCGAUCCCCGCCGCAGCGAGGCCGCCUUCGAGCUCUACUGUCCGGGCGAUCGCACCUUUCGCUUCAGCGCCAAGAGCGUCGCGGAGAUGCGCGACUGGGUCGAGACCAUAUCCGCCUGUCUCGAUACCAAUGGUGACGACGAGUCGGAUAGUCAAGGAAGAAGCGGCUUCAGAUCGAGGGCGGCGACCUUCGGCGAGCUGCUGGAGCUCGACGCCACGGAGCGCGCCUGCAUGGAGACGGUCAAGGAGGAGAAGGAGAAGUACCAGGACGUGAACUUGCCGAUGCAGCUCGUCAGGUCCAGGAGCAAGGACGAUUCCGUUCCAGAGGCUGCCGCUGGGGCACCUCCGCUUCCGGCGCGUAGUCAGGUGCGUCGACUGCCCUCGCUACCGUCGAGCCCGCUACCUCGAGAGGACGACGACGAUCGAGAAGAUGGUCCGUCCGAGGAGCUCUACGACGACGAGGGUCUGUAUCAUCGGAUCGAGGACAUUCGCGGCCGGGACUAUCAGAACGUCCAGCCGGUCCAGAGAUUGACCAAGAUCAAGGUGAGGAGAGCGGCGGGAGCCAGCGCCGACGAGGCCAAUAACAAGGCUGCCGUUGGCGAGACUUACGACGACGUGCACGGCUCGAUCCCGUACGACGAUGUCAAGUCCCCGAGCGCCAAAGAAUCAUCGUCCAAAGCCAACUCGUCCCCCAAGCCGAGAUCUCCGCUCAAGCGUUUCUUCAGCGAUCGAAUGAUCAUCGGCACGAUCGGCCGCAAGGACACGACGAAGCGCGACGUCGCCACAAAGAGCUCCAACUCCUCGACGAAAUCUUCGACGUCGAUGCCACCUUCGCCUACGUCCCGACCAACACCACCCACGUGUUUCGAGCUGCCGUCCUACGACGACGUGUCGUCCGUCCUUUUGCCGAGCCAGGUGGUGGACCUGGACGUAGGGAACGGCACCGCCGCCGCCGUCGACGAGGAGAAUUAUUUGUGCCCACCGCCGCCGAGGCCGAUCUACUCGAGGCCCGCGACCAUCGUCAAGUGCACGACUCGCGACGACGACGACGACGACGACGACGACGAGGAGAUUUACGACGACAUCGGCUGCGCCCAAGUCGUUAUUAAUAACGACUCCGCGUGUGUCGAUCUCUUGAGGCAGUAUCCGAAGAACAGCUCGUUUCUGUCGGACCUCCAGCCGAGCCUGUGCGAUCAAGAGCACUACCAAGUACCAAAGUCACACAAUCGUAGAAUAAUAGACGUCGUCGAGCAGCAGCAGCAGCAGCGACAAGAGGAGCUCUACGACGACGUGAGCUUGUCGGAGAAUUUCAAGAAUCGACCACGCGAUACUCCGCCAAAGCCACCGACGACAGCGACGACGACAACGACUACUACUACCUCCGCCUGGAGUACCUUCAGCAGCGGCAAAAGGGCUCGGGUCUUCGAGCGAGACGACGGCAAUGUCGCGACGACGAUCGGCGGCGACGUUGCCGAUUCCGCGGCUGGUGCGCCACCGAUCGCCAAAGUCAAACCUUUACAGAAGUUCAUCAACAAGAUGGAAAAUACACUGAGCAAAGUUAACAAGACUAGCGGUUACGCAUGAUUACCCUAACCGAUUUUAUUUAUAAACUAAUUGUGUAUAAUAGAACUGUAAACGUAUUGUCUUUUUUUUGGAAAACUGUUUAGUAUAAGUUUUCAAGUAUUACGAUAUUUACGAAUUUCGAUUAAACUAAUUUUUUAACUUGAAAAAUACAUCAUUAUCGUCUCUAAGCAAGUACAGUUGUUUCGUGUGGACACUUGACAACUCGAGUCAUUUAUUAAAUGCGUUGAAAUGCAAGUUGUGUAAAUAAAGCGUAUCGGAGAUGCAGAAUAGAUUUUGUUGCUUUCGUCCUUUUUAAUAAGAAAGCAUUAUUAUAAUAUUGUUAUUGGAUGUCUAAUA